AUGAAAAAACAUGUAAAUUCUCCACAUCCAAACAUUUUCAUAGCCAUUGACUUACUGCAAAAGGAGCACGUGAUAGCAUCGAUUGCAAGAGUACGAGAUGAUGCGGGCGCUCCAACUCCAAAACGUCGACAAAAUAAACUUGUAACAGAUGAAUGUUUAAUGAAAUUGUGGGAACGUUAUGAUAAUGGUCGUAUUGAUAUUACAUCGUUCCUCAACGCUGCGGGCCUGAGAUAUUUUCAC